UAGAAAGCUUCCCCUUCCCUCACUCUCCGAUUUCUCUUUCUUUUAUGGGUUCUCGCCGGAAAAUCAUCCUAAGUUUAGCCCAAACCGGUCCUUGCCCGCCGCCGGCCGAAACAACGGCUAAAUAGCGCUCCAUUUUACUACUCAAAAGACCAAAAUGAUAGUAAAUUUUGUCCCUGUUUUUCUAGUUUCUGUUCUGAUACUAAUAUUUGGAGUAAACUCCGAACCGGUUCAAGACAAGCAAGCUCUCCUUGCUUUCCUUUCAGAAAUCAAACACGAGAACCGGGUUCAAUGGAACUCAUCGACUUCGGCCUGCGACUGGGUCGGCGUCAAAUGCGACGGAAACCGGUCUUCCGUCUUCACUCUUCGUCUCCCGGGUGUGGGUCUCGUCGGUUCUAUUCCACCUAACACAAUCGGUCGGUUGAGCCAACUUCGGGUUUUGAGUCUACGAGCGAACCGUUUAUCCGGUGAGAUUCCGGCCGACUUCUCCAACUUGACUCUCCUCCGUAGCCUUUACUUGCAAGGUAAUAAGUUCACCGGCUCGUUCCCACCUAGUGUGACUCGUUUAACUCGGUUGGUGCGGCUCGAUCUUUCUUCCAACAAUUUCACCGGUCCCAUCCCUUUCGCCGUCAACAGUUUAACUCAACUGACCCGACUCUUCUUGCAAAACAACACCUUCUCCGGGUCUCUCCCCAGCAUCGACUCCGAUGGAUUGAAUGAUUUCAGUGUAGCUAAUAACAACCUCAACGGUUCAAUUCCCGAGUCGUUAUCUCAAUUCCCCGUAUUUUCAUUUGCCGGAAACCUUGCUCUUUGUGGAGGCCCACUGCCGCCGUGUAACCCAUUCUUCCCUCCUCCGGCGCCGUCUCCGUCCGAGCUCAUUCCACCCACAACCUCCGGUAGAAACUCCAGGAGACUUUCCACUGGCGCCAUUAUUGGCAUUGCGGCAGGUUCUGCGUUUGCAGCGUUAUUGUUACUUUUAUUCCUCAUUCUAUGCCUCCGUAAACGGAAACGGAGGCCGGCGAAGGACUCGAAGCCGUCAGCUCCGGUGACAACACGGGAUGUUCCGCCGGCGGAGGCGGGGACUUCGUCUUCGAAAGAUGAAAUAACGGGAUCAUCGAUGGAAGGGGAAAGGAACAAGCUAGUGUUCUUUGAAGGCGGAGUUUACAGCUUCGAUUUGGAGGAUUUAUUGAGAGCAUCGGCGGAAGUGUUGGGAAAAGGCAGCGUCGGGACGUCGUACAAGGCGGUGCUGGAAGAGGGGAUGACGGUGGCUGUCAAACGGCUGAAAGACGUGGCGGUCAGCCAGAGAGAGUUCGAAAUGCAGAUGGAAAUGGUGGGCAAAAUCAAGCACGAAAAUCUGGUCCCUUUGAGAGCCUUUUAUUACUCCAAAGACGAGAAAUUGCUCGUUUACGAUCUCAUGCGUGACGGAAGCUUAUCUGCUCUGCUUCACGGAAGCCGAGGCUCGGGCCGAACUCCAUUAGACUGGGAGAACCGGAUGAUGAUAGCGUUAACCGCGGCUAGAGGCCUAGCACACCUUCACGUUUCAGGAAAACUGGUCCAUGGCAACAUUAAGUCCUCCAACGUUCUUCUCCGGUCUGAUCACGAAGCUUGCAUCUCCGACUUCGGUCUCUACCCGCUCUUCGGCAACACCACUCCGCCUAGUCGCUUCGCAGGCUACCGUGCACCCGAAAUAGUAGAAACUCACAAAGUUACGUUCCAGUCCGAUGUUUAUAGCUUCGGAGUUUUAUUGCUCGAGUUAUUGACCGGCAGGGCACCUAAUCAAGCAUCGUUAGGGGAAGAAGGGAUCGAUCUUCCUCGAUGGGUCCAAUCGGUGGUUAGAGAGGAAUGGACCGCGGAGGUUUUCGAUGUCGAAUUAAUGAGACAUCAUAGCAUUGAAGAGGAAAUGGUGCAACUGUUGCAAAUUGCAAUGACUUGUGUAUCUACCGUGCCCAAUCAAAGACCCGCCAUGCCGGAAGUGUUACGUAUGAUUGAAGAUAUGAAUAGAGGCGAAACCGACGACGGAUUGAGACAAUCGUCCGAUCAUCCUUCAAAGGGUUCCGGUGGUCAUACCCCGCCCACAGAAUCAAGAACCCGGCCUUAGCCUAUUGCGCACAAAGUGUAAUUUGCUCCAAAAUUUGUGAUUUUUCUUCUCAUUUUUGAAAUUUGGGUUUUAAUUUUUAUUUCUUGAAUUUCCUUUGAAAUAAAUUUUAUAGGGUUGGUUAAUGGGAAUUUGAGUUGUUUUUUUAGGUUGAGCAGUUCCAUGAACUUAUGGACUGGAC